CUCAUUGUGCGGAGUGAUCUGAUACGGACUACACCCAGCCGCUGCCUCACUGCCCUGGCUUUCUUUGCUGCCCCAGCCUUGACGUUGGUGAACGUCGAAGUGCGGGUUAGAUUGGAGACUCUAAAUUCGCCUGUAGGGUUUUUCUCCACAUUUGGCUGUCUCCUGCUCGGCAACCCGAAGCUGUAGGGAUUUUUAUAUAGCACCAGUUUCUUGAAUAUGUCUUGGCAAAGCUACGUGGAAAACCUGAUGGCCGAUGGCAGCUGUCAGGAUAGCGCCAUUGUUGGAUAUACGGACGCCAAAUAUGUUUGGGCAGCACAUGCCGGUGGUACUUUCAACAAUAUCACGUCUCAAGAAAUUGACGUCCUUAUCGGCAAGGACAGGGAGACCUUUUACACCAACGGUCUCACCCUGGGCUCAAAGAAGUGUUCUGUCCUCAGAGACAGCCUCCAUGAUGACGGGGACUGGACAAUGGACAUCAGGACAAAGAGCUCAGGAGGCGAACCUACAUACAAUGUCUCUGUGGGAAGAGCUGGAAAAGUUUUGGUUCUUGUAAUGGGCAAAGAAGGGGUCCAUGGAGGCGGAUUGAAUAAGAAGGCUUACUCGAUGGCAAAAUACUUGAGGGAUUCAGGGUUUUAAUGUUUUCAAGCUCACUUAGAUAAAAUUGAGGGACAAAAAGAAGAGAAAAGAAAUAUUGCUGUUAAGAUUUCUCCUGCAAGCAGUCAAAAAUGUCUCGGAAACUUUUAAUAGCAAUGAAGAGUGGUAAGAUACUGUGUCACCUUUGUCCCCCCCUUCGUCCUGUAGGGGGGAGACUCUUCAAUUUUGUUCAUUUCUCUUUUUUUCCUUGUGUGCUCCAGUAUUGGUUUUAGUCAUGGGAAAGGAGGCGGUCCAUGGUGGAAAUCUUAACAAGAAAGCACAUGGAAUGGCUGAGUACCUGAGGAAGUCUGGAUAUUAAGAAACCUCUCCACCCAUCCAUCAACUUAGCAGCUCACUCCCUCCCAACCGCAUUGUGUUGACACUACUACUUCCAGGAUUAGAUGGCAUACGAUGUUACUUCCUCCCCAGUCUACUUUUAUAAACAGCCUUCUGUUUGCUUAUCUCCUUCCACACUCCCUUUUUUUUAUAUAAACCCUCCCCACUUUAACAUUGUACUUCUCAUGUUUUUGGCACUACAGUAAUGGCAUGUUCAUUAAAAUGUUUAUUAACCAAAAGAUUGUGCAAAAAUAAAAGUGUAAACAAAAAAAAAUUGGACUCGCCUUGUUUAACAUUCACUUAGCAACUGGCUAAUAUUCCAAGGGGAAGUACACAUGUAAUGGUGGUGAUAGUUUGCAUAGUUUUGCUUUUUGAGCAUUACUAAAGAUGCCAGUUUUUGUUUCUUUAGCAUGUGGGCAUUUAAAAGUUGCAUGCAUACCCUCUUUAGCAUACAGAUCCCAGCCCUGUCCUCUCUCUGUCCCAGCAUAAUAUUCCAGCCAAAACCAUCUUCUCUUCUGCCUCCAUCUUUCAAGCCUCCAUUAAAGAAAAGACGAAUUUCCUCUGACAAAAGUCCUGUAUGUGUGUACCACCCUCAAGCACAACGUCCUCUACCCUCCAUCACAUGCUUUUGCUGUUGUACCUGAAUGUGGUCUUAAAAGUUAAUGAUGUGGUGUUGGGCUAUUGUUUGAGUUGUAGUGUAAGGUCAGCAUUGCUGAGGUCUCAAAGAUAUCGUCAUGAUAACGUCACCACGUCCUGGAGUCUCAGUGGACAUUCCACCUCUGUGACAGUCAGUCGGCUUCUGCCAUUUGUAAAUUUUUCUGUAAAUCACAACACACGCCUGUUAUGUGGAGUUCUUUCCCCCCCGCCCCGCCCCGUCCCCUUUGGACCAACUGUCAGUAUAAAGAGGAUUAUCAGAAUGACUUCAGUUUAUUCUGAUGGAUGAUUGUUGGCAUCACCUGUUGACUGUAAAUCAUUAAGACGACUUCAGAUGACUGUAAAACAUUUAACUGCUUCCUUAGAGUUUGGCACUACUUAAACUUUUCAUCACUAAUUGAUUUGUCGCUAAUUUCAUGUCCAUUAACCAAUGAAACGGCAAUGUCAUUUUACUACAGUAUGAAUGCAUUUUGACUGUACACCGAGGCUGUUGGGCUCCGACGCCUCGGAAAUUAUUUGCCUUGUGCUUUAGUCAUCAAAGGUGUAUUCACAAAUUGUCAUAGUACGGUACUUAGAAGUAUAUUUAAAAAAAAAAAAAAAAAACGAUGCUGUGUACACUAAACAUAUUGAAAAUGGUGUUGGUUGGAAUAAGAACAUUUGUAAGUUGUCUUGUGAAAAUUUUCUGAGAAUAACUGUGUACUCUGUGCCAUAAAAUCGAUCUGAUCUG